UGACGUCAUCUCGCGGCGCCCCGCCCAGUCAGCUGUGCGGUUAAAGAUACCUACUAGCCGAGCCAGCAAACAGAAAAACACAGCUAAAAAAAAAAGAAAGAAAGAAGACAUUUCAGGGGUUGUACAGUAUGGACAAGAAUACGACGCGGUACAAUGUCCAGCUGUAUAUUUAUGAUUUAUCGCGAGGAAUGGCUCGCAGCCUCAGCCCCAUCAUGCUAGGUAAACAGCUGGAUGGCAUAUGGCACACAGCUAUAGUGGCAUACGGCGAUGAGUUCUUCUUCGGAGGGGAGGGCAUCUCCAGCUGUUCGCCGGGCGGGACAAUGCUGGGACCUCCGGACACAGUAGUGGAGCUGGGCGAGACUGAGGUGUCCGAGGAAAUCUUCAUGGAUUACCUCUCCUCCCUGGGAGAAAGCACAUACAGAGGUGACCGGUAUCGUCUGUUUGAGCACAACUGCAACACCUUCACCAACGAGGUGGCUCAGUUUCUGACGGGCCACUCCAUCCCGUCCUACAUCACCGACCUUCCGUCCGAAGUCCUCUCCACACCAUUCGGCCAGAUACUGCGGCCGAUCCUGGACUCCAUCCACAUCGCCCCUCCAGGAGGCAACGUCAUCAACGGCGGCAGGAACCUCUAACCUGAGAGAGAGAACGUUCUCGAGGUCACUUCCAUCAUAGUCAGUCUUUGUAGAAGUCUCAACAAUAGUCUUUAUUUCUUUUCUUUCUUUCUUUCCUUGCAACUUUGGAAGCUAUAACCGAUAGACGACCAGUUAAUUCGUAAAAAUCAUUGAUUAAAUGUUAUUUCCUCCUUUAAUUCUAGUGGGUCGGUGAAAACAACUUUAGUGGCAACUCGCUGCCCACUUCAUGAACUUGAUCGUUCGCCUUGUUCAGUUGCGAUGAACUGAUAAACAGUUUGAAAGAAACAAAAAAAUAGGUGCAUUAAACCAGACCAGCAAAGCCUGACAUGAACAUUUACUUCUCUACACUGAACGUUUGAUGAGUGUGAUGGAUGUUGCCUCCUCAGAAAUAAUGUCUGUGGAGAGAUUUUUUCCCGAAGUAAUAUAUAAAUACAUAUAUAUUUCACUAGGUAUUUUAUUGAAGAGAUUUUAGGCACUGCAACUUUAUUUAGUUUACUGAUACUCAACAAGAUAUUGCAUAUCUGGUAGCUGUAAUUAUGAAAUACCUUAAAAUAGCUCUUGGCACAUUAGUGCAAGUUAAUUUAUUAUAUGAUAAUUUUUUUAAAUCCUCUGUAAAACUCUUUUCUCAUUCAUUGUAAAGGAAAAAAAAAUAUCUUAGUUCUUUUGUGUAGUUAUUCAAUGAGGAUUUUAGUUCCCGACAUAUCAGGUUUCUGCAGUGAAGAGCAUCUGCUGCUGACUUCAAUGGAAUUAAUCUGAGUGCAUGUUUAAUAUUCAAUUCAAUGGAUGGGGGUGGGGAAGACAAAGAAAAGUGUGGUUGAAUCUUUUAAUGUCCGAUUUUCAUUUUGCACUUUUAUGUUUGGUUGAACGUUUUGUUAUUUGGCAGCCUGCAUUUCGCAUCAGAAAUCGUUUUGUACCAGUAACAUUUGUCUGUGUUUCUCUCGGAUUCAGCUCCUCUCUGGUCGCUUCCUUGCUGUACCCGUGCAUCAUGAUUCCAUUUGUCACAGAGUUUGUGGUCCUGAUGAUAUGCUAUGCAGUUGGAUGAUUGAGGCCUCGGAGAGAGAGAGAGGUUAUAAGCUUACAUAAUAGAUUACAUAAAGUGUUUGUCUUUAUAGCAGGACUGGGAUCAGUUCACCAUAAAUUCAGUUGUGUCUGCGUAUACGAAAGUAAACCCUGGAAGAUGUAAGUGCCCGGCGAUCAGAUAGAUAGAUAGAUAAAAAUACUUUAUUGAUCCCAGGGGAAAUCUAGAAGCAGGGCAAGAAAAAAACACAAGAUGAAGUUACACGACGCCGUAAAAUCAUUUACCAGACAAUUCUGCUUUGUUUUAUUUUAACGUGUUGGAAAAAGGAAAACAGUUUUCUUUUGUCAGACAUAACCUAGCACGUGUGUUUGGUUUUAAAUCUACUUUCUGAUAUAAUAAAAGUUAACUACAGCCCAGUUCCAUCACGUAAGUUGUGCCUCUUGGCCGGUGCCAACAGCUCCAGAGGUAGAUGCUGAUCAUAGAUACACUUUGUUUCUUUCUUUUUAUUUCAAAUACAUAUGUUCCAGUUGCCAUGUGGGUUAAUUCUUAACUGUACACUACACCCAGAGAUAUUUUUUAACGUAUAGGUGACCGUAUGCAGGCCGAUGCCCUGCACACUUGACUUACUAACAACCUGCUCGCGUCCUUUAACAGCCACCAGAGUGUGUUUGAUGAACAACGCGCCUCUGUGCCUUCAUUUCCCUCCGCUUGGUCGCAGUCACACUGUCGGGGGUUUCGGCAUGGAUAUAGAAUAGCAUAGGCGGUGCAUUGCCAUGCAGUCUGAAUUAAAAACAAAAUGAGAUUGUUAAUGUACGAAGGUCCAGGAACCGUACAAAAUCUUAAAAAUGGUCAAAUGAGAUGAAAGUUGAACCUUAAAACUGACAAAUAUCCAUCACGCAAAGCACAUAAUGAAUUCAGUUCUUAACAGCAGCUGAACAUGUUCCAGAUUGAGCAACAUCUGGACCCAGCGUAGCCUCUUGCGGCAUUAUCCACUGCACUCUGCCAUCAGAGAGACAUAUAGCUGUCUUCAUAUUUAAGAUAAUGCACGCGUGCUUGAUCUGACUACGAUGAUGUGACACACGCUGAACCUCGCGAGCCUUUCGCCGCUUAAAACAGACAGAGUGAGGGAUGAAAGAAGCACAGACGAACAAUAAGUCGUCUCCAGCAACCAGCAUCAUAACUUUCAUCAUGUUCUCCUGCAAUAAAAUCAAACCUCGCACACACUUUACCUUCCCAGAAGCCUCUGCUGGAAGUCUAGCCCGACACAUGUAAGUAUUUGGCUACUUUUAGGGAUUAACACGUUAAACCGAGUCCCUGUUUUUUUAAGAGGCGCGAUACAGCUCAGGUGAAAUCUGGGUUCUGUCAUUUUUGCCUUCUGCUAACCGACUAACUGACUCAUGCCUAACCGGACCACUGAAAUGUAUCGUUGCACAUGAAGUCACCCCCUCUCUGUCGCUGUAACCUGUGUUGCUGCUGGCUGUUACCUGCGCUGUGAAAAUUGAAAUGGAUAUAUUUAUGGAUAUUAUUAUUAUAUUAUCUAAGCUAUAAUAUAUACAUUAAUGCGUAUUGUUUGUAUUGUUUUGUGUAAUUGUUUUUGUAAUUUAACCAAUACAUAAAGCCAGUGACCGCAAAAUU